AUGGCGCAAAAGACCCUGUGGGUCACGAGCCCAAAUGGAGAUCAGUGGACGGUUUCUGUGGUGGACACAACAACGGUGAGAGAAAUUAUGCAGCAGUCUGACGAAGAUGGUGUUGUUCGAGAUCGCGAAGCGACUUUGAUUCAUGGAGUGACUGUGCUUGAGCCUGAUAUGACGGUGAGCGAAGCUGGCUUGGAAGAUGGAGCUGAAAUUUCCCUUCUUUGGUCGGACCCCUUUGUUGAAAUGGCCAGCUGGACAGGUGAGGAGAUAGGUGAAGAUCUUUAUGUGCAGAUUCCACCUGAAACCACAAGCAUUGAAGAUCGAGCAUUUAGUGGUUGCAAAGUGUUGGUGAAAGUUAUGAUUCCCAAUUCAGUGGUGAGCAUUGGAUCUCAUGCAUUUGCUCGCUGCACUUCCCUGACACAUGUCGAGAUCCCUGACUCUGUCACAAGCAUUCGAGGCGGGGCCUUUGCUGAAUGCACUUCAUUGAGACAAGUGGAGAUUCCCAACUCUGUGACAAGCAUUGGACCCGAGGCCUUUAUGGGUUGCAUCUCCCUGACACGAGUGGAAUUCCCCAACUCCGUGACCCACGUUGCAUAUUGGGCCUUUCGUGGCUGCAGCUCCCUCACACGAGUAGGAAUCUCCAACUCCAUGGCAACCAUUCAUGCCGGGGCCUUUGCUGAAUGCACUUCUCUCAAUGAAGUGGAAAUCCCUGACUCUGUGAGCAGCAUUGGGAGCGGUGUCUUUGAAGGAGCAGUUCCCAUUUCCGUGACAAGCAUUGGAGCAGAGGCUUUUCAUGGUUGCAGCUCUUUGCCUUUCUUUUGGCUGCAGCUCGAUAAAGGCAAAACCGACUUCGUGAACAGCAUUGGAGCCUAUGCCUUCUAUGAAUGCAGCUCCCGCUUGGCGCAAGUGGCCCUGUGA